GGGGCUUUUAUUUUGAACCCUUAACGUCCAGGAAUCAUUUCCUGGACCCAACGACGUUCUCUUUAGCAGCUGUCACAUUUCGAACAAGAGGUUUGGAUUGUCGGCCCAUAACAUAACCUGCCAGCGAGCAAACAGCCAUGGCCCGUGGACAUCAGAAGAUUCAGUCCCAGCAAAAGAACGCCAAAAAGCAGGCAGAUCUGAAGAAAGCCAAGGGACAUGACCAGAAGACCGCCGCAAAGGCAGCGCUGGUCUAUACCUGCGGCGUCUGCAAGUCACAAAUGCCAGAUCCGAAAACAUUCAAGCAACACUUUGAAAGCAAGCACCCCAAGUCCCCCCUCCCUCCAGAGCUUGUGGAUGUGGAGGCGUGAAUUGUCCUAGGUGUGUGUUUGUAUGCGUGUUGUGUAGGUAUGUAUGUGUGUGUGUUUGCAAGCGUGUGUAUGUGUCUCAGGAAAACCACCGUACAGCAGGCUUUGUUCUCUGACCAUCAACACUGGAAGCCUCUUUUUCACUGCUUUUGAAAAGACAUCUGCCUACAAAAUCUCUAGCCUGCAACAUAUACAGCAAUCCUUAAUACUUAUGAAAUGUGUACCUCUAAAAGGCCUAAGUGUUCUUACAAUCAUAGCAUGCUUGCAGAGCCAGACAUCUCGUGGAUUUGCUCAGUUGCCCACAGUUGUUGACAGGAUAAUGCAAGCAUUGGGUUUCAAGUAACACGAUAAAGAACCAUUCAACACCAGCAUUAGAUUGAGUAAUUACUCUUUACUCUGUAGCAUUUCAUGCUUUCAUUGUGUGUUGAAUCAAUCUAAACAUUAUUGGAAUGGCCAUCUAAUGUUUGUAAAGAGUUAAAAACUGUAAUUGAGAUAACCACUAAAGAUUUCAAUAUAAACUUUGUAUUUAUGCUGUGCUCUUUCCAUCCCCUCCUUCAACAAAAUUGAAUAAAUGUUAAAUUUCUAUUUUGUGUGAUUUAGAGAUUGGAGAGAUUACAGAGGAUGAUUGAGAGAUUGUACCGGGAACUUACCUUUAAUGAGUGCAUAAUGAAGGCCUUUGUUGGUUGUAUAUGUAGACCUGUCUCAUUGCAGUUGCAGACCCUUCUCCUGAAGGGUCUUCAUUUUAAGUUGGUUGCUUGGCUUGCAGAGAUCCCUGAUCCAAAGAACUUGUUGUUUAGAGUGUCCACAGUAAAUGAUGAAGGGAACUCAUUUCUCUGACAUACGAGUUCAAGCUGAUGUGUUAGCCUUGUGAUCGCAAAAGCAGUUGCUGUGACAAAAAAGGCCUGUUGAAUGCUUUGCGUCUGUCAUGUCUGAAUAUGAAUAAAUCCUAUAAAUUCAAAAAUGA